UCGGCUGUCCUGCGGAGGAGGAGGAGGUGGUGCCAUUUUGAGGGGAAUGCUCCAAACAAGCAAACACAACACAACACACGCCUCUCUCUCUUUCCCCCUUGGCCCGUACGGGGUCACGCCUCCUGCUCGCUAACUCCUCCAGGCGAAAGGGAGGCCGCCCCUGGCAGGCCUCAUCCUGGCUGGAACGUGGUGGUGACAUCAUGGCCUGACGUCAUCCCGACAGGAGGAAGCGGAGGCAGCCCUUGGUACUGAAGCAAGUGAUGUCAUGGCACACUGGUGUGAUGUCAUGCAGAAAGGAGGAGGCACUUACUGAAGUGCGGUGAUGUCAUGGCACGCUGGGGGCACCACCAGUGCCUCACAAAUGGCCGUGACACUUCACUCAAAUUUUAAACACUUUCGUCUCAGGCCCUGCGCAUGGCCCGGCCACUAACAGUGAUCUGGUGGGUGGGGACUAGAGACAGGACCUUUUCGGUUGUGGCCCCUCAGCUUUGGAACGCCCUCUAUAGAGCUUUGCCAUGCUCCCUCCCUCAGUGUUUUCCAAAAACAACCACCAGAAACACAUCUUUCUAAAGAGGCGUUUAAUGCUCCAUCUUUCGUUAUAUCUGAGGAACAUGGCCAAAUCCUACGACCACCUUUUCAAACUGUUGCUCAUCGGAGACAGCGGAGUAGGGAAGACGUGCUUGAUCAUCCGUUUUGCAGAGGACAACUUCAGUGGCACUUACAUCAGCACCAUUGGAAUCGAUUUCAAAAUCCGAACCGUGGAAAUCGAAGGGAAGAGGAUAAAACUGCAAGUGUGGGACACGGCCGGCCAGGAACGCUUCAAGACCAUCACCACGGCAUAUUACCGGGGCGCCAUGGGGAUUAUCCUGGUCUAUGACAUCACGGAUGAGAAAUCCUUCGAAAAUAUCCAGAAUUGGAUGAAGAGCAUCAAAGAGAACGCUUCAGCUGGCGUGGAGCGCCUCCUGCUGGGGAACAAGUGUGACAUGGAGAGCAAACGCAAAGUGCCCCGGGACCGAGCCGAGAAGUUGUCCAAAGAGUACGGGAUCCGGUUCUUCGAGACCAGUGCCAAGUCCAGUGUGAAUGUGGCAGAGGCCUUCAGCACUCUGGCCCGGGACAUCCUUCUGAAGUCAAGCAAGAAAUCGGCUGCAGUCAACAAGAGGCCAGUAGACCUGAAAGGAUCACAGAAAAGUAGCAGUAGCAGCAAAUGUUCCCUGGUGUAGCAGCUGGUCUGUGGAGAAGCUGCCCGUCACGACCCUGCCGAGCCAGGGCCCUGAGCACCCACGUGCCUCUCCUCCCCUCACUCCAGAUGUCUUCACUUCCUUCCACAGAGCCUGCUGCAAGCCAGUCCGGGCUGGACCCCGGAGGGGGCUGGGAUUUCCCCCUCUUCCCUCCUGCAUUCCUUCAGCAGAGGCUGCCGGUGGAGUGAGGAUCUCGUGAAAGGGAGUGGGGAGAUCCGAGGAGGGAUAUGGGGGGCAGCUAGCUGGGGAGGCUCGGCCACCAUGGAGCCAGAGUGUGCUGGGCCAGCCCUGAACCCCUGGAAUUUGGGGGGAGCUCCGAGAUGCCAACCUCCUGUUCCCUAAGCCAGCCAGUCACUGUCAAUUGAGAGAAUGUGUUCACACCACAACGUGACUCUGGGCUGGGUUACUCAUAGGAAAGACUCUACCACACUCCCAGACCCCAGGGGGAAGGGGGUGACCUGCCUCCGCCCCUCCCGACAGGGGGUCUCUCCCCAUUAUGUUUGGGUGGGGUCCUCAAAUGCAUGCACAGAGUCAAACAGUAGAAUUCCACGUUUCUGUCAGUUUCCUUUUUGUAAAUCUUUGACAGUAUUAAAUAUUUGCAUUGA